CUCGGCUCCCAUCAACUGUUCCAUUUUUCCCAUGCAUAGUUUGAUCAAUCCUGGAGAAGUACACUGACAAGAGGAAGUCAGAAAACCAAAAUCAAGCUCAAUCGUUCCAGGCUCGGGGCGUUACUGGACAUAAGUAUAUAACCUCCCCCUCUCGGCCGAAUGCUCGCCAUAGUGGACCCUGGAUUGCUCAUUUCCCAGCCCGAUGCUUGGAUCUCCGUCCCGCCCACAACUUCCCAGUUCCUCUUCUGCAACAACCCCCCUCUAAGUCACCCAUGAUAUACCCCCUCCCUCCUCGCCGCGGAGAAUUGAGCCUCCAAUAGCGGGAAGGAUAUGCAAUCACGCCAACGGUGGCAGCGAUGGUGCAGCGGAAUACAUCAUGUAUGCACGAGGGGGUAUAUCAUCACCCAUACGAUGGCGCAUCCACUCAGUGAACCGGGGUUCCAGACUUCUUUCUCAGGUCCACCACCACAGUCUGCACCAUGACAGAGCUCACCGAGGAGAAGAACGUGGCCGUCCAUCCGACACCGCAGCCCCAAGCCCCCGCGAAGCCCGGCCGCAGCAGCAGCGACAGCAGCAUCGCCGAACAUGCAGGCGUCAACGAGAAAGCGCUGCUCCGCAAGCUGGAUUACCGACUUCUGCCCCCGCUGACAAUCUUGUAUCUGCUGUCGUUUCUCGAUCGGAGCAAUGUGGGUAAUGCCCGGCUGGAAGGCAUGGGUACCGAUCUCGGGAUGUCAGGAGACCAGUACCUCACCGGCCUGACGCUCUACUUCAUCGGCUACGUGCUGUUCGAAGUGCCGUGCAACAUCAUCCUGAAGAAGACCACCCCGCGGACCUGGCUGCCGACGCUCACGCUGGUCUGGGGCGUGGUCGCGACGCUCUGCGGCGUGGUGCAGAAUUACGCCGGGUUUCUCGUGUCACGAUUAGCCCUCGGAAUCGCCGAGAGCGGCCUCUUCCCCGGCGUGGUCUUUUAUCUGAGUAUGUGGUACAAGCGCAACGAGCAACACUACCGCGUCGCGCUGUUCUUCAGCGCCGCGUCGCUGGCGGGGGCCUUUGGGGGGAUUCUCGCCUGGGGAAUCGCCCACAUGCGCGGCGUAGGAGGCUACAACGGCUGGCGCUGGAUCUUCAUCCUGGAAGGCCUCCUAACCAUCAUCAUGUCCCUGGCCGCCUACUUCUGGGUCUUCAACUACCCGUCGAGCGCCGAGUUCCUCACCGACCAGGAACGGAGUUACAUCCAGCACCGGCUGAAGCACGACAGCGACGCCACGCGCCACGAGACCUUCAGCUGGGCGGCGGUGGGCCACGCCUUUUCGGACCCAAAAGUGUGGUUGUACGGGCUGGCCUUCCACACCCUAUCGCUGCCGCUGUACACGUUGUCUUUGUUUAUGCCAACAAUCAUCUCAACCCUAGGCUACACCGCGGCGCAAGCCCAACUCCUGACCGUCCCGCCCUACGCCGUCGCCUUCUGCCUAACGGUCACAACCGCCAUCCUCAGCGAGCGCACCCGCCGCCGCGCCCCCUUCAUUUUAGGCAGUACCUCCCUCGCGUGUCUGGGCUACAUAUUACUACUUACCGACCCCCGCCCCGGCGUGUCGUAUGUGGGGACCAUCUUCGCCGCGGCGGGCAUCUACCCGGCCGUGGCGAUCGUGCUGGCCUGGCCGGCCAACAACGUGUCCGGGCAGACGAAGCGCGCCAUCGCCAACGCGCUGCAGAUCUCCAUCGGGAACCUCGGGGCCGUGCUGGGCACGCAGCUGUACCGGACGGAAACCAGUCCGCGGUAUUUCUUGGGUCAUGGGUUCGCGUUGGGGUAUCUGGUGGGGAAUUUGGGGGUGGUGGGCCUGUUGUGGUGGGUUUUGAGGCGGGAGAAUUCGCGGAAGGAGGGGGAACGGGGAGGUGGAGUUGUUGUUGCGGAGGGGUUCGAGGGGGCCGAGUUCCGUGGGGAUGAGGAUCCGCGGUGGGUGUUUCAGACUUGA